ACAGACAUACAAACAACUCUGCUUUCAAUGCCAAAGAUGAUGUCACAGAAUAUGUUCCAGGAGGGGCUGCAUCAGGUGUAUUUUAAUGACACCCCUGCUGGUGUCCCACCAGCUCAGGCUACCAACAACAGAGAGCUGAACAACACCAGAAUUGAUCGCUGGUUUGGGUCAGUGAUUCAUACCAGACUUUUAGUGACUGGGGUGGUACAGGUCCUCAGUGCCAUAGCUUGCAUGCUGACCACAGUCAUGCAUGCAUGUCUGAGCUACAACUGCUCUGUCGCCAUGACAACUCCAGUCUGGUCAAGUCUUUUUUAUGUGGCCGCCGGGUCUCUGGCAAUGGAUGUCCAAAGGAAAGCAAACAAAUUAAAGAUACUUACUCUGACGGGUUUGAACCUGUUUUGUCUGCUGUUUGGAUUUUCUGCCCUGCUGGUCAACAGCCUCAUCUCAGCAAAGUCAGUCGCACUCAGCACAAGACAACAGGUGGCUGGUUCAUACAUUGCAAAAGGAAGCUCCAUUGUGUUUAACACACAGUGUCUGAUGGCAUCACUCUACGUACUUUUCCUCUCCUGGAGAGGCCUUCGACGCUACAGUCCUCCACAUGUUCAGAUAUACAGCCGUCUUUCACAGGAUCCCGAGGACGCCACGGGACCUCUUCUGGAACGGGACAAUAGUGACACAUAACAACCCUUCACUGUCUCUGAGAUAAAAUGCAUUUGCCAAUUUACCAAAGAAAUCCAAUUGUAAACAUUUUAUACUGCUGCUCAGUU